UUUAAAAAACAAAAACACAGGAUUCAGGGCAAAAAAUUAUGCAGAUGAAAUUGUUGUUGUGGAUGGUGGUGAUGAUGGUCAUAUUGCCAUCUUCUACCGUUACAGCAAGUUCAAAUAUUUCUUUAGAAAACUGCCCACGAACAUGUGGAAGCGUUAGCGUUCCUUUCCCUUUUGGAUUUGGCCGUACUGAAUGCGCCAAGAAUGAUUCCUUCCUGCUUGAAUGCAACAAGACCGGCAGCCUCUUGUUUGGCGACAUUUCAAUUUCCGAUAUAUCAUUGGAAAACGGCACCAUCACCGGACUCGUAAAUUCCUCUGCCUACCGGUGCUGGCUCGAGGACGGUAGUGACUGGAUAUUUAGAGAUGGGAAUAUCGCAUUCAACAAACCAUCCAACAAAUUGGCUUUCAUCAUAUCCCCCAUCCACAACAAGUUUGUUGGCUUGGGCUGCGACACGGUGGCCUUCAUAGCAGGCGACUACGGAACAACGUUCGCAAGUGGGUGCUACGCCUUCUGCACUAACGUUACCUAACUCAGGAGCGACGAUUCGUGCUCCGGCAUCGGAUGCUGCCAGAUCUCCAUCCCCAAGCACCUCCACCUCCAGCAAUUGGGCAUUUCGGCUAACAGUUGGUUUAAGCAAAAAAAUGUUUUCGCUUUCAACCGCUGCAAUUAUGCUUUUACGGUUGCAAAUUCCUUUGAUAUACCGAACGUAAACUUCCUUGAUCACCCGUCUACUCAACCAUUACUGCCCGUGGUGUUUGAAUGGGCGAUCGGAGAUCAGUACGGCUGCCAAGAUUAUUGCGGCCCUAGCACUAACUGCUCUUACUCCGCCACUGGUGGUGGAUUCCGUUGUUCGUGCUUGCACGGGUUCAUCGGAAAUCCCUAUCUCCCACAAGGAUGUCAAGGUAGAUAUUUACAACUAAUGUUUUUUAUGCAUAUACUAUCCUGUUUAAUUUUAAUAACUCUAUUAAUUUUGU